GUUUCUGAAUGAAGAGCUGUCCAUCGUUACCCAAUAAUCCUUUUCCUUUCAACCUUAGAAAUUGCAAAAGGAGAAGUUAUGUUAGUUGCAUUCAGUUUGGAUUUUUGAGUGCAUUCAUAGUCACAAACAAUAUCCAAUAGUUCUAGGUUUGUACAACUGUGGUUGAUUAAUUAGUUUGAUGUUAAGUUUUGGUAGCUAAACAAUUAUGAUGAAUUUGAUGUUGUGUUCAUUGUUUUCAAUGGAUUUUUUGGUGAUAUGAUUUGUCUGGAUAUUUCAGUUGAACUUGUUUUGGGACUUCAAUGUAUAUAUUACUGUCCUGCUUGCUCAUGUAAGAUCCAAAUUCUUAGGAUUCUUGUUUCUUUAAAAGGAAAAAUGUUCAGGUUAUGUUUGUGUUUGGGUUCUUGGGAAUAGGAUAUUUUAUAGGCAAGGGAAAUAUGUUGUAUUUCCAUGACAUUGGAGGUACAGUGAUAGGAACCCCAAGAGUGAAUGGGAGCAGGGUGAGAGUUAUUUAGACGGUUGGAUGUCUAUUGAUGGGAUAGGUACUUAGGCAUGGGUUUUGAGCUUAAAUAGCAAGAAGAUGGUGAAGGUAGGCAUUUGGGAAUUUAGAUUCGAGAACUGGGCGAAGUCUCUAUUGUGAAAAGGGAAACCCUCUGUGAAGAAGAGGCCUUCAGAAGGAGAACUCUCGCCUUAGUUUUUUUGUUUGCAAUCCUAUAAACUGUUGCCAUUUCUUUAAUUUGUUUGGACAGUUGACUCGUGUUUGAUCAAAUGUGUUGAGAUCGCACAUUGAUUACAAAUAUGAAUGAACUAGAGCUUAUUGGCUCAAGUAUCUUCACCUCGCGAGCUAGCUUUUGCGGUUAUGUUAGGCCUAACCCAAAUUCAAGACAUUGCAAUUCCUUGUAAAGUUCAGGGGCGCACUGAGUAGGGGCAGAACAAGGAUUAGGUAUGGACUUAAAAGGAGCUGUUAAGGACAUGAUCCCUUGGGAUGGGACUCUCUCUUCAAGUGAUUUUUCCCUUUCUGCUCAUACUUUUUCUGAGAAGUGGAAAAGGUUCAAUCCUUCCUUUCCUCCAUGGCUGUGGAUCCCAUGUCCAAGACAUCAUUUGUUGUCUUCUCAUAAGGUGGAAGGAUACUUAUCACUGGAGAACAUGUGCCAUGUCAAAUCAAAUGAGGAAGAAGAGAGCAAUAGAUGUCUGACAUGGAAAGAAGAGAGCAACAUCUCACAAAGAGAAGAGCCCUUUGAUAAUGCCACUUUAGUAUGUCCUGAGCAUGAAGUAAACCACUAUGAUUUUCAUAUCAUUUACAGUCCUUCAUAUAGAGUUCCAGUCUUCUAUUUUCGUUCUUACUAUAGUGAUGGACAACCUUUGCCGUUCAAUGAAAUCGGAAAGGACCUUCCUGGUCACUCUGCAAACCUACUGGCAGAAUCCAAAUGGACAUUUAUAACUCAUGAGGAACAUCCAUAUUUGAACAGGCCAUGGUGCAAAUUACAUCCAUGUGGGACAAGUGACUGGAUGAAGCUGCUCUUCAAUGGUGAUACGUCUUUGAAUAAAAAUGGUUUCAUUAUUGAACAAUAUCUGGUUUCCUGGUUCUCGGUCAUUGGACAAGUGGUUGGUCUUAAAAUUCCUUUGGAAAUGCUGGAUACUGUAGUUUCUUCCGAUUCUUAGAUGCCUACUUAAGCUUACACAAAAAUCAAAGAGGAAAAUGAAAGUCUCCGCACACCACUUACUGUUACUAGUGCAAUGGUCAUUUGUAAAUAGCAAUGUUGUUGCUCAAGCAUUAGAUGAUUGGUAAAACAUAUUUUACAUUCUAUUAUUGAUAAAUGGGUUAUGCAAUUGGAGCGUAAUAUAGAAUGAUG